UUUGUUAUCGACGAAACGAAGCCGUACAUGGACCUUGAUCGACUAGUCGACAACUAGUCGAUCAAAUAGUCGAUAAACUAUUUAAUUUUAAUUAUAGUUCACGUUUGAAAUUACGUUAAAUGGUGUUCUUAUGGUGGUGUUUACAGAACGAUACAUGGCACAGGACGAUGGGGACAAACAUUGGGAGGAAGAUGACCGUUACUACUCGUCAAGCCACGACAGCGAUGAUAGUCCUAUGUUGUUGCAUAGAUAUCGUCGGUAUGACCCCUAUGCCACCUCUAAUACGGAAGAGAAGGAGAAAAGAUCUACCAUCACUGUGUUGGCCAAAUUCUUCCUGUUUUGCACAGCCAUGAUAUUGUUCUGUGUUCUCAUGUAUAUACCAGUAUAUAAUAAGGCCAACGAUCAGCUGCCCAAAGGUUUGGUUGCCGGGUGGCCGAUACACACAAGCCGUGAUACAAAACUAUAUGUCCAACCAAAUAAUGUCACAACAAUACACGAGCCUACAGAAAUAUGCACCAAAAAUGUUAAACGGAAAACAUUCCUCCUUAUAGUUGUAUGUUCUGCUACAACGAAUUUUGAAAGCAGGAUAGCUAUUCGAGAUACGUGGGGAAACUAUAAGAGUUAUUUAGAAAUAUCGAAAAUAUACAAUGAAGUUAGAGAUAGAUAUAAAAAUUAUAAUUUUACUUAUGAUCUUUAUUCAGAAUCGGAUCAAAAUAAAAGUAUAAAUGUAAGUGAGAAGAGGGUUUCGAGAGACAUAUCCAGUUUUGGCCAACUAUUACCCGAAUUAGCUAAAGCGUUAACAAGUAAUAUAGGGGAAGCAAAGACUGAAGAUGUACCUGAAGAGAAGAGAUUUGAUGAUGAUGAUGAUGAUGUUAAUAUGUUGCCAGAAUUCGAUAUGAACGAGCAGUUAGGUGAACAGACUGAAAUGAACAAUUAUGAUUACAAUUAUAAAUCUAAUAUUAUGAGAAUACCACCUAGAGGUUAUGAGGACAGUCCGAAUUUAGAGAAAGUGUUGAAACAAUUGAAAGCAAAUGAUAUUUUUCAGGAUAAAGUGACGAAUGCAGAUAUUGAUGUUGAUAACACAGUGCCAGAUUUCAAGCUUGUUUUUUUAUUAGGGUUGCCAUCGCAGAACGAUAGUGAUGUCCAAAAUAAAAUAGAUGAGGAGGUGGAGAAAUACGGGGAUAUUAUACAAGAAGGUUUUAUAGAUUCUUAUAAUAAUUUAACGUUGAAGUCUAUUAUGAUGUUGAAAUGGAUUACAAAUAAGUGCAAUGAUAGCGUUCGUUAUAUAUUGAAAACGGAUGAUGAUAUGUAUAUUAAUGUUCCAAACUUAAUUUUGAUUCUUAAUAAUAGAUCUAAGGAGUAUGAGGAUAAAGUUUCCAAAGGUUACAAAGAUAAAGAAUACAUGUUAAUUGGUGACCUUAUAUCUGGUGCCAGGCCUGUUUUAGACUCUAAUAAUAAGUGGUACAGUCCCCGGUAUAUGUACGGGGGUAGAGUGUACCCUACGUACCUGUCGGGUACAGGGUACGCGUUUUCCGCACCCACCGCGCAAGCUCUCUACGCCUCCGCGCUGAAGACCAAUUAUUUCCAUUUAGAAGAUAUUUAUAUUACUGGUAAUUUAGUUUGUUAUUCUUUAGCUUGUGUGUUCUAGCCUCAAUUUUUAUAAUUAAUUUCAUAUAUAAGUAGGCACGAUGCUAGUUGAAAAAAAUUUGUUUUCUUUUUUACAAUUAGUUUAAAGAUUCUAAAUUC